UUUUUUUAAACGCCGGCGAAUGCACACGUUCCGACGCGGACGGUUGUUUUUGUGUUUCUGUCUUAAUUAGUGAAUUGCGAAUUGCAUUGAACAAACAAAAAAAAAAUAUGUUUUUGUGAAACAACAAAGAUAAACAUAAAAAAAUCAGAGAAACCAAGAAAUUCCCAACAGAAUUUUGAUGAGUGAAAGAAUUAUAUCCUAAAAGUUUUUGUGGCUCUCUACUCUGCAGUGGAAAAUGUUUAUGCCGGCUAGCAUGCAACAUAAUCGUGGAGUCGUCGUGCUAUGUUGUUAAUGUCGUUGUUGUGUCGUCGUUUCUUUGCUGUUCACUCAGACAAAAUAGCAAAAGCAAUAACAACAGCAAAUGUUUUAUUAAUCAAACAUUCUCCAAAAUAAUCAACUAAUCUAACUACCCCUCUAGAGCCAUAAAAAAAAUGUUUUAAAUUAUAAAACACACCGACAACAACAAAAACCUUAAAAAAUAUAAACAAAACCCAAAACAGUGUUGGCACCAAACCUGUUCGUCGUUCACCAAAACAAAUAGUCGAGAAACGCGUAUCUCCAGACAUUCGCCCGACCGCCCGCCCGCCCGAUCGAUCGAAAACGUGUGUUUGUAUAAGAGUGUGCCUCAGUGCCAGUGUGUGUUCGUUUAUGUUGAGGGGGCUUAGAUGGCAUGGCGUUCAAAGAAUCAUUUGUGCAUAUGAAUUUCAAAGCAUAACGGACUGCUAGGCCUAGGAGAGACUGUGGGGAAAAUACCAGCAGACGUGGAGGUAGCACCAUUCUACACCCCCCCCCCCCACCAAAAACUUGGUCUUCAGACAACAGCUCCAGCAGCUGGAGAGUUUUCACGUCGUCACGUCAGCAUAAACGAUAGUCAACAUAACAUUUUCGUGUAUCUGUGUGUAGGUGUGUGAGUGUUGGCCAACACUAGUCGAAUUUCGUUUGUUGUUUACAUUGUGUCUUUCUUUUGUGUUCAACGCGCACUUGUUUAUGUUUCGCUCUUCCUUCCUGGCCACCAAAAACGGAAGCAAAACAUUUAAAAAGAGUGCAAAUUCUAUUUUGGAAUAAUCAUCGUUGGUCGCCCGCCACUUAUCAGUGUUUGCCGAAUCAAUUGUGAAUGCCAAACGUCGCUUCUGUCGCAGCGCAGCCAUGAAUUUAGCAAUAACAACAAUAAAAAAGUACACGAAAACAAAUAAAAGAAAUUUCGCAUAAAACCAAACCAAAGGAAGAAAAUAAGAAAGCCAUUUUCCCCAAACCCGUGCCCCCCUCGUCUGUCUGUCUGGCGCAUUUCAUGCGAUUGUUUUACGUGUGUUCUCUUUUGUUACUGCCAUACGACGUCACUACUCGAGUAAAACGGAGUUGUAUCUGUGUGUUCUUGUGUGCAUCAUCUUUUGGCUUAGUUUAACUCCAAAUCACGGCAAUAGUCAGAUAAAAGAAAAACAAAAAAAAAAAAAAAAGAAAUUCUGAAUGCAAAGUGUUCUCUUUCUUUCGCGCUCUGCAAUUCGCUACCCCUACCUCUCUUUAGCAUUUAAAUUGGCAUAAAGGAAAUGUUUAAUAUCAUCAAUUAAUAACAGCAAGAAAGUACAAAGUGCAAGUCAACAAUCAAAUGAAUGAAUAAACCUUGAAAAGAGGAGAGAGUAAAGGCAAUUUGCGAUAAUCUCUUGAAGUAUCUCUGUCAGAUAUCAGCUGUCAGGCAUCAUUCGUAUCAGCAUCAACAACAACAACAACAAACCAAGUGAACAACACCAACAAUUACCAUAAAAAAAUUAUAAAGUGCUUGCAUAAAUAAAAAAAUUAAAAAAUGUUUAAAUAAGAAAUAAAUAGGAAAUAUUUUGUGUUCUCCUGUGGGCGAAGCCAGAGAAAAGACGGUUGUGAGGAGUGUUUUUAAAAUUAGAAGCAAUUCGUUUGGUUCGUUCACUCGCUCACUCACACACUCACCCACUCUCACUUACUCUGUUCUAUUCUAACUGCACCAGACCAUUUAGUAAAGGAUUAUUAAUAGCCUCCCACCCUCCCACUACUCACAGCCAUUACAUGCCACAGAUCAUCGGCUACAAGAUUCCAGAUUUUGGUGUUAAAAUUUAUUAUUGAAAAAAGAAAAGAGUUUUUGAUAAAAGUGUAAAAAAAAGAGUUUAGUUUUAAUUUUUUUUUUCGGUGAAAAGCAUAAGGCACUUAACCUCCUUGGGCCUUUUGAAAAUCUAUAGAGAGCAAAAAUUGUUGCUAGCAUCAGCAUUUAUGUACGCAAUUUAAGUCGAUUGUCAAGUGUUUUUUUUGUAUUUGCAACAAAAACGAAAUAAAAAUUCACCAUCACGGAGUCCUGGGAUUUACAUAGUAUGGACCUCAAUAUGGAUAUAUUACCGAGCGGGAAUAUUUUCAGCGAAUUGGAACGCAUCUGCACCACAGGCUAUUUCUCAUCGCAACCUUCUAUUGAGGAUCAAUGGCAACAGACCUGCUAUGAACUGGAGCGAUAUCUGCGUGAUGAACCUAAGCUGCAGUCGUACAAGAAGCUGCACAGUGAGAUUGAUUCAUGGGAAAUCUUUUCGGCACCUGCUCGCAUUUUGGAGGAACUGAAGAUAAAGGAGCAGCACUUGGAUUCCAUUUCCACCACCUCAUCGGUGUCGUCACACUGCUCCGGUAUGUCGUGGGACAGUACUGGCUCGCAGUCGCUGAGCUGUUCGGUGGUGGUGAAGAAGGAACGCAUCGACGAUGAUGACGAGGAAGAGGCUCUGAAUUCCGAUAAUGGCGAGGAGAAAAUGAUGCUGGGCCAAUUGCCGCCCUCGAGUGAAUUAACCCAAUCUGCGUUGCAAGCCCUGAGUACGGCCCACAUGGUGAGUAGUAGUACGGGGUGCUCGACAACCAACGCAACGGCUACCGCAGUCAUGCAACAAUGUCCGCUGACGGAAAAGGCCAUCAAGCUGAGGGUCUUGGCCACCAAGCAUGGCGGAGGCCUGAGUCCCCAAAUUGUUAGUCAUAACAACAAUCAUGAUUAUGCAUUGCCCACCCUGACGCCUCCCUCCUCCCCGGAAUCGAUACGUACGAAUAUCUCCUCCACCAGCUGCCAAACUGCACAUAUCGAUGCCAGUGAACUCGCCGCUCUCAUUCAGCAGCAACAGAAGCAACAACGCCAGCAAUCGCAACAGCAACAGCAGCAGCAACAAACACAUGUGCCACCUACAACUGCCAUCUUACGUUUUCCUUCAAAUCCCACUGCAAGCACUACAGUUCCUCUGCUACAACAGCAGCCACAGCACCAGCAGCAGCAGCAACAACAACAACCACAACAACAGCAGCAGCAGUCACAUAAUGUACAACAGCAGCAGCAGCAGAAGCAAAAGCAGCAACAGUCAAACUCUAACACAUCACCGCAUUCACAACCAGCCCUUGUAACAAGUGCCAAUGGAGCCGUAUCCCACCAUCACUUGACCCUGCAGACCGCCAGCGCCACCACCAGUAGCGAUACGCAAACGGUCAACUCUCAGCUCGCCCACAGUAAUUCCACGAACCCGAACACCAGCAACAUUCCACGCAGCACCAUUGUCCGGCUAACGACGGGCACUGGUCAAAAGGGUGGCGGCAUCAGUUUGGCCCGUGUCAUUCAAAUGCAGGGCGGCAGCAGUGGGAACUUAUCGGCAGCCGCAGCAGCCCUACUCAAUACAGCGCAGGCGGCAGCGGCCGCUGCUGCAGCUGCAGCCGCCAAUGGCACAGUGUCGGCGGUGGGGAAUACGAAUACACUAACAGCGGCUCAGAUAACUCAGCGCGGUACACAGUUGCAGAAUCCCCAAGUGACAGCACUGACCACAAAACCUCAUCAACGUCAACAACAGCAGCAUCACCUCCAACAACAGCAGCAGCAACCAACAGCCUCACAUCAACAGCAACCACAAGAGCAACAACAACUCCUGCUACAGCACGAACACAGUCCCGACGCCAAACGCCGGAUACACAAGUGUCAGUUUAUGGGUUGCAAGAAGGUCUACACAAAAAGCUCCCACUUAAAGGCCCACCAAAGGACCCACACCGGCGAGAAACCAUACAAGUGUUCAUGGGAAGGAUGCGAAUGGCGAUUUGCACGCAGCGACGAAUUGACGCGCCACUAUCGCAAGCAUACAGGUGCCAAACCCUUCAAAUGUCGUAAUUGUGAUCGUUGCUUUUCGCGCUCAGACCACUUGGCGUUACACAUGAAACGUCACAUGUAGAGUGUCAUACAUUGGGCAAACUUGAGAUGCACCAGCAGCAACGUUAGGCAAUACACGCUCACCGCUUAGGGCGAAACGACGUUUAAAGCUGUCACCAAAACGCAUGACAACAAAUCAAAGCAGUGCAAAAUUCCUGGAAAUUUAUAAAACUGUUAAGUCUUAAGUUAAAUGUUAAGAAGAUGUUUUUCGUUUUUUUUUCGAUUGGUGGGGGGGGAGCAUACAUGUGUAAGACACACAACUGAAGCGGUGUACACAACAACAAUCAACCAACCAGCCUCCCCCAUUUAAAUCAAUGUAAGAA